AUGGCGGGAUCAUUCUCCUCUUCGGAGCACCCGACCGACCGCACCCUUCAUGACCACGACCAGCUCAUUGACGAGAUCCUUCAUGAGAGGCACUGGACCCAGAUUGCGGGACAGGUAUCCAUUUUCGAUAAACUUCCAGCCGAACUCAUCCACCAGAUCCUAUCCCACCUCUCCGCGCGAGACCUCGCUUGCGUGUCCAGAACGUGCCGCAUAUUCGCCGAACAUGGCUCUGACGAUCGCCUUUGGGCCAGACUCGUCAAUUCACAUCUUCCCUUCCACAUCCACGAUCCAGGGAUGUUCCCGUCUUUUCGUCGACUAUACCUUGCCCACCUACGGUACUGGUUCAUCCCUCAAAGCAAGAUCUGGUUUGCGGAUACCGAGGCGCACGGUUGUCUGAUCCUAGCUCGGUAUGACCAUCGACGAGGUGUAAUAGAGGCAUACCGAGUCAUUGCAGACCGAGGCGAACCAAAGUUCCACCUUUGGGAAGCCCAUCCGGACGUUAUGAUCCAGUCAUUUGAACCCAAGAUCAGCCUGUGGCUAGAUGACCCAGUUCUCCUCCUCAAAGACCAAGAGCCAUCGAACCCAAUCGCCGCUUGUCAGACGUGGAACCCAGAUCGCCGGAUGCCUAUGGCGGCAGAGUCUCACUAUGUUUUCAGCUCGCUCAUGUUUUGCCCCAAGGAGUUGCCGGGUCAGACAACCAUCCCAUCGGCCGCGCUCUGGCCGCCCUCGAUGAUACCUAGUCCGGAGCGAAUAUAUCGAGGUAUGUCCUUAACAGAUGCGUAUCUGCCAAGUUGCGCAUCAGAAGCGUCCUUAAUCGGGUUCCGCCUCAAGCGAUGGGCCAAUUUUCGAUUUCAGAUGACGUCAACUGGCAACGAAGCGAUAUCUAAUUACGCGACCAUCGAUCCGGAACUGUACGUUCCCACAAAAGAGAAGCCGUAUCAAGGAAUUUGGAUUGGAGACUACUCCGCUCAUGGCUGCGAAUUUCUUCUCAUAUACCAACAAACCCAACCUUCCCGCUACGGUCCAGCUGGUGCUCGGCAGGGAAACGACCAGUGGAACACUUUGAGAGCAGUCAAACUGACAGGGGACCCAAAUGUUCCCCGUGGAGAGGUCACGUUUGUCGCGCAUGAUAUCGGACCUAAUGGCCUUGUACGUGUGGCUGAUGAAGAGCCAUUUGCCGGUGCCCGCAUCGUACACUGCUUUGGACACGUGGCGGGCCUUGGUUUCCGCGAUGAUACUUUUAUCGCGUCUCAACUCAUCCUUGUCUCCACCGAUUACAUCGCCCAUUAUUGGGUGGAGAUGGGCCACAUCUCGUACUUCCGUCGUGUGAAUAUCGACGAGCUCUUGCAGAUCUAA